CGUAGUAAAGGCGCCAGAUCCGAAAGCAUUGGGAGACACGUGUAAUCUAUCGGGAUGAGAUGGCAAAAUCAGGGGGUGCUGGGAAGCACAAGUGAUUGCUCUCCCUCGCUUUCCCCAAUUUCCAAUCCAAGGCAAGGAGGAUCAUGGAGAUAAGCUCGGCGGGCAGAAGCGGAUGAGAGAGAAACCCACUUUCGUCAAUUCGAGAAAUUGGGGCUCCCACGUAAUCAUAAUUAAAGCCAUGAACAUUCCCAACACCGCGCAUUAAAGCGACCGCUAUAUUCAUUCUCAGAUCCUUCGCACCUCCCCCUACUUUGUACGGCUCUCCCCGGUCUUCUCCUUUCUUUAUGGCUGUAUCCGACACGGUCGUCGGGAACCUGACGACGAUCUACGUGGCGGUGAUCGCCGGCAUCAAAGCCUACGGGCUCGUGUGCGGGCGGAGCUUCAGCGGUGGGUUUGUUGUGAUCGCUUCGAGCACCGUGGUGGGCCUCGUGCUGGUGGCAACGCUGACGUGGGACGUAUCCCGUAAGGUCACGUACGCCUUCACGCGCUGUCACGGCGGUCAUCAUCAUUCUCACAGUCACGCCCAUGAGAUGUGCAAGGGCGGCAUCUGUUGGCACGGCGUGGCAGUGCGAUCCACCGCCUCUCAGGUCCGCUUCAGACUUCCCCGUCAGAUUCCCUACGCGACUCUGUAAAACAAGUUCAUAAUUAGGUAGGUACAAGAACAAUAACAUGGUUUUUGGUUUCUUCCCUCAUGUAAAAAGCAUAUGUAUAAUUUUGUCUUGAAUUGCGGAUGCUGUUGUAAAGGGUAAUCAUCCAGUGAAAGGGGCUCGAGAUGUAUAUGGUGGUUUUGAUUCGAGGGUUCAGAGCUUAAAUUAGAUUAUUGUAAUAUAUGUAUUGAUAAUGGAAACCGGAAUGUUAAAUUAUGUGCAUAGACAU